AAUCCAGCGGAAUAGCUCGAUCGAACAUACAGUUUUAGACCGCGCGAACUACAACAGCUUCGACAAUCUAGAGAGCAUAGCAGAGCAGUUCUGCGGGCGAUGGGGUCGCUCUCGGAGCCCAGUGGCAACAGUGAGGCCGCCAACGUGUCCGCUGCGUCGCGCUCGUCCUCUUCGUCCAUUGAGCCUGUCCAGCAGCCGCCAGGUAUCUCCAGUUAUUUCCACGCAUUACACUCUCCGCUCUCUACCAAUGGCGGACGAUCGCCAAUCACUGGCGAGAGCUAUGACCAGCGCAGUCCUUCACCGCCCAGCUACGAGAUUCCGCUCAUGGACGCGGCUGAGCAUUCACCCCAUAGUCACAGACAGGUCUCAGCGAGCUCAGCUGGCCGCACACACGGUUCGAGGCACUCAGAGACGACGUCAGAUCCUCACAGCAAGUGGCACAGACGAGCGGCGCCCUCUGCUGUAUCUGCACACUCUUCUAGACCGUCAGUCAGCUCCGAGACGCAGCAACAGUCGACACCUCCUGUGAACUGCAAUGUGGACAUUCCCGAGUGCGGUAAAGCAGCAUUACCGUCGUGUCAUUACUAUGUGGACGCUAGUGGACAGAUGCGGAUCAGGAAACUCUGGUGGUGCUACAUGAGGAUACGACGCGUGCUGUGGUGUGUAUUUCCGUGGCUUAAGAGAGACAGCAACACGUAUUUGUGUGCCAGGAUGGUGGCCAACUCGACACUCAUUGUGGUGGUAUAUUUAUUAAGAGAACUACUGAAUCAUGUGGUCGUACCCGCUAUUCUAGCACAUAAGGACGAUGGAGCGGGAGAUGACGCGGAAAGGCAUUGUCACGAUCAUUCACUCGAGUUUCUGGACAUGUAUGCGUACUCGAUGGUCGCCAACGUGAUACUUUGUCUACCUGCGUUAAAUUUUAAGGCUUGCCGACUGUAUCGACGUGCGCGCAGAGAUUAUUCCAGAGUUAAUUCAGCGUCAUCGAUCAAUGGUGAGCCAUCAUCUGUCGUGGCGCCGUCUUCGUCUGUCGCAGAUAUCACCAAGGAGCACCAGCGGUUCGAGAAGACUUAUUUAUUCACGCUGUGUGAAAUCAUUGUGGUGGUGGAGAUCCCGUACCUUAUCUUCUUACUGGUAGUAAUGUUCGUGCCAUCGGAGUCCGGAAGCAUAUCCGAGAUGCUCAUCGCGUGCGAUCGGCAGCUCGCCACAGGUUAUUUCUUGAUACUUCUCGCAGUCCAGCUCGUGGCAGUUCUUGCUUAUAUAUUGCGAUGGCGACAGAUACUGCUCUUCCACCGACUUCAUCUACACUUCCUGUUCCAGCGCGGAUACGUACCGGGUCACUCUCGUUUCGAUUAUGUGGAAAAAUCAUUCGCCACACCUCUUUACGCCUGGCUACCAGCUCCUGCGUGGGCGUGUUGGAAGCGCUGCAUGCGACUACGAAAAGCAGCGCGAGGAGACCGAUACGACGGGACACAGGAGGGCAACGGUGAUGGUAAUGUACCAUCGGGUAGCAAGAGGAAGCAGAUACACUACGUCAAAGUGGCGCUAUACAGUGCGGCGAAGCGUGGAGAUGUUGAACAAGUGCGUUCACUAUUGGAAGCAGCUGUAAGCAUUUCCGGCCCGGAAUUUGCGACGGAGUGGUACGAGCCGCGCGUGUGGAAUCUCGGUGGACUCGUUUUACUCGCUCGUGGACAGCGCAACCCGCUGCACGUGGCUGUAGCUUUUGACCAGAUCGAGGUCGUCCGCGAACUGCUUGCUAAUGGUCACUUUGACGUCCAACAACGUGACAAGCUGGAGCUGUUGCGCCUAGAUUUAGCGUGGCUCUAUCGAGUGAUGUUCCGCCUUCUUUUCUUGCUUGUACGCCGUUCCAGUGCAGGUGUAGUGGCGAGUGCGUCAGCAGGAGGUGGUGCGGGGAAUGGAGGUGCAGCUCCUGGACUGGCAAGUGCUUCGCAUCCGUUUGGCCCUGUCGGGCUGUUCCAAGCUACACUGUUAACUCCUCUUCAUGUAGCCGUAACAAUGGGCCAUGUCGAGCUCACAUUGUUACUGUUACGCUAUGGUGCAAAGCCUGAUGCAACGGCAUUGUCAACACACCCGCGCUUUGCCACACCGCCGCUCUAUUGGGCCGUGGAUAAGGAGUGCACGCGGCUGCUGCUCGAUGCUGGUGGCAACCCUCUUGCUUUGCCUGGAGACGCCAGUGGAAUAUUGCUCACUGCUUUUGAAGUUGCAAGGAUCGCAGGUAACGCUGCUGUGGCUCGACAGAUGGAGAAAUACGGCGGAGACGUGGCGCUCACUCCUCUUCACGAUGCUUGCGCUGGUGGACGUCGACAUGAAGUGGCGUUUUUACUGGAACACGGAGCGGAUCCAGACACGCUGGGGGAACAAGUGAUCGGCUGCUUUCGACGCACUCCGCUCCAUUGGGCUGCGAUGCGUGGACAUGCUCGUAUCAUUCGACUUCUCGUGCGAUAUGGAGCUAACGUUGAUGCACGGGACGUGUUUGGACGCACACCGUUGGCUUGGGCUUGUGUUCUGAAUCGCACACGCGCUGUCGAGGCGCUUUUGGAAAGCGGUGCUGACGUUAACGUUCGUGAUGCUCAAGGAGAUCCAUUGCUGUGUAUCUGUGCUGCUGGUGCGUGUGCGUCCAUUAAGCGAGGAGAUAAGACAGCGACAGGUAAGCGAGACAAGCUCAGUGACGACCGUGUGCAGUAUGAUGAGUGUGACGAUGCUGGCGACGAGGAAGGGGAUCUUGGUGUCAUGCUGAGCGGACAAAGGUCACUUGCUCGUGGAUUAGACCCACGGAUCUUCCAGUUGUUGCUUGACUACGGUGUAGACCUGCACGCUACACGCACGAGCAAUGGCGAUUCUGCUCUUCACGUGGCGCUACGGCGACGUAACCAGACCGCAGCCGUGUUGUUCGUGCGCGCUGGUUUAAGCUUGACGGCUGUGAAUCUUCUCGGACAACGGGCGAUUGACUGUGCGCGAUCGCCAGCUCUGCGGUUUGCUGUGAAGAAGGAGGCAGGUCAACGCGAUGUUAUGAUCAGCUACAGCCACGCACAUGCUCCGUUGGCUCGUAAGAUUCGAGAUGCACUGGAACGCCAGCGAGUUACGACCUGGAUCGACACCAUGGGACCUACAGGUAUUACUGGUGGUUCGGUCUGGCGACAGGAAAUUGCUCGAGGCAUUCAAAGCAGUGCACUUGUGCUGGCUGUACUGACCAAAGACUAUCCGCAGUCGCAGUGGUGCAUGAAGGAGCUGGCGUUCGCUAAAAUGCAGAACAUCCCUGUCGUAGCCAUCCAAUGCGAAGACAUGGAGAUCUCCGAGGAACUGCAGGUUUACCUAUGGACUCGUCAGGUGAUUGACUUCAGACCAGCGGUCAAGCACAACUAUACCAUGGAAACCAGUGAGCAUGCCCCAUACUCGUUAUCCGAAGAUAAAGGUGACGGUGUCAAGGAAGCUCGGCCUAUGAUAACAAGCAACAGUUCACAUACCAUUGAGGACACAGAUUCUCGUGAGGACGAGUCAGAGUUCCGGAUCGAGGACGAUAAUGAGGUGACGAAUAUGGUGGGCAAGCGCGUUGCCAGCAACCUCGAGCUUGUUCCCGACUACAAUGAUGAGGCCUUUUGCCACUGUCUGCGAAUGCUUCUUGAUGGCAUUCAAGAUCAGAUCGAAGAGCAUCGUGCACGACUAGCGCGACGGCAAGAGCAACAGCAACAACAGGCACAGAUGCCUGGCCAUGAUACUGGUGGUAGAGCUGGCGAAGAUACAUCUCGUCAUGGAAGUCGUCGCAACGAUAGUGAGUGCUACCCCGAGGAAGAAGACAAAGAACUGUGUGGAAUGCCCACUGCAUCUGGCAAUACUGGUGAAUGUGAAGACUCCGACGCACAGAUCAGCUUCCCGGAAGGCCCACUUAAUGUGCCGCUUUUCCGUCCUCUGCGAAGGAUCGAGUCGCUCGCUUCAUCUCUCGCCUUCACUUCUGCCACCGACUCGUUCGUAUUCAUCGCACAUGGAGAUUUUCAUCAUUCCUUCUGCUUGCGGCUGCAAAAAUCUCUACUGAAGCAAGGCAUUCGCUGUGUCGUGGAUCAAACUGUCCCUGCUGUACAAUACGCGCACCAGCCAUCAGAUCACGUGGGUGCAGAGGCUCAGAGUCGAGGCUUUGGCACAGAUUUUGGUGGACCUGACCAGCCAGUUGCUCGUCUACCUGUUCAAACUCGCCAGCUUGCUGCAAAGGACGCCAUUCUGUCUUGUUCUGCUGUGCUGGUAGUGUUGUCACCACUGUCAGCGAAUUGCGAUCUGCUGUCCGACCAAUUGGCGUUUGCAGAGGAUCGAGGGAAGCUUCUGGUUCCGAUUCUCCUGUCGCUUCACAAAGUGGAUCUGGCCAAGCGCUACACCUUCUCACGGAGCAUGGUGCACCACUUUAACGCCUCUUUGGGCUACGAACAGAGUUUCGAGCAGCUCACGAAUUUUUUGAGAGUGCACCAACAGAACGAGGCGCGACAGCGGCGUCUUCAGCGGCGUCAGCAAGAAGACCAAGGUGAUCUCGAAGCAAGUUUGGGGGCGAUGGCGGUUUUAUCUCCGAUAUCAUCUGCUUCUUCGGCUGGACGACCUUCGUCUUUAGCGGGCUACACAGACGUAGUGGAGCUGCAGUCACCGUUUGACGAAGAGCUCCUGUCAACAAAUGCCUCGAUGUUGCUGCCUACGCUGCCGGUAAAAACAAUAAUGGCUUCACCCCCAGACGGAAACGUGUCAAGAACAGGCAGUCGAGGGAGCUCCACGCCACGCUUUGGGGGCCACGGUUGGAGCGAGCCGGAUAUCCUCGAAGCAGCACGGAGUGACGACUCCCAGUACGACCAUCUGCGCAACAAUUCCAGAGGCGAUAGGUCACGUACCGGCUCCGGAAAUUCCAACGCUAGCGCUAGGAGCAGAGAAAACAGUCUGCGAUUGACCGGGUCAGCACGUCACCAACACGGCAAGAUAAGCACCGCUGAGGACAUCGUCUAAACGGGUAACGCUCCUGCAGAAGAUUUGAACAAACUGAUAAAUGGGGAAACCACAAAUUGCGUCAACUGCGUUGUACUAGGAAAUGCAGAAAAUAAAAGACCGCAGCAAUCCCUGCAAUGAAGUUACCUAGUCGCGUUGCCUACCUUCUUUAAGCGUGCUUCGGCUUCUUGGUUCGUGUAUCCUGGAAGGUAGUCAUGCCCUGGCCACUGCCCAC